AUGAGCCCCUGUGGGCUUAACGUGAGCCUAGCGGAUGAGGCAACAGCGUGCGCAACACCCAGGGUCCCCAACACAUCUACAGUGCUGCCAGGCGAUUCCGGCACAUCACCGGCGCUGCCUAUCUUCUCCAUGACCCUGGGUGCAGUGUCCAACGUGCUGGCCCUGGCGCUGCUGGCGCAAGCUGCAGGUCGUCUGCGGCGGCGCCGCUCAGCUGCCACUUUUCUGUUGUUCGUUGCUAGCCUGCUAGUCAUUGACCUGGCAGGCCAUGUGAUCCCGGGGGCGCUGGUGCUUCGCCUGUACGCUGCAGGACGUUCACCUGCUGGCGGGGCCUGUCAUUUCUUGGGCGGCUGCAUGGUCUUCUUUGGCCUAUGCCCACUCUUGCUUGGCUGCGGCAUGGCCGUGGAGCGCUGCGUGGGUGUCACGCAGCCACUGCUCCAUGCGGCGCGCAUGUCAGUGGCCCACGCACGCCUGGCACUAGUCGUGCUGGCUGCCAUGGCUUUGGCAGUGGCGCUGCUGCCGCUAGCACACGUGGGUCACUACGAGCUACAGUACCCUGGCACCUGGUGUUUCAUUAGUCUUGGACCUCGUGGAGGUUGGCGCCAGGCAUUGCUUGCUGGCCUCUUCGCCGGCCUUGGCCUGGCAGCGCUCCUUGCGGCACUCGUGUGCAAUACGCUCAGCGGCCUGGCGCUCCUGCGAGCCCGCUGGAGGCGUCGCAGCUCUCGACGUCUCCGUGAGACCACAGGCUCCGAUGAUCGCCGGCGCUCCGAAGAUCGCCGGCGCUGGGGGUCCCGUAGACCACACUUGGCCUCCACCUCGUCUGCCUCAUCCAUCGCUUCAGCCUCCACCACCCUCCGUAGCUCCCGGGGCGGCGGCUCGGUGCGCAGGGUUCGCACGCACGACGUGGAGAUGGUGGGCCAGCUCGUGGGCAUCAUGGUGGUGUCGUGCAUCUGCUGGAGCCCCCUGCUGGUGUUGGUGAUGUUGGCCAUCGGGGGCUGGAACUCUAGCUCCCUGCAAAGGCCGCUGUUUCUGGCUGUGCGCCUCGCGUCGUGGAACCAGAUCCUGGACCCGUGGGUGUACAUCCUGCUGCGCCAGGCCGUGCUGCGUCAACUGCUUCGUCUCCUGCCCCUGAGGGCCGGUGCAAAGGAUGGCCCAACAGAGCUGGGCCUAACCAAGGGUGCCUGGGAGGCCAGUUCAUUGCGUAGCUCCCGGCACAGCGGCUUCAGCCAUCUCUGA